AUGAGGUGGCUUCUCGUUGUUUUCUCAGCAUUAGCUACUUCCCAGGCAUUUUUGUUCCCUGGAAACGGUUGUUCAUGCCCUACACUUCCACCAUUGUGCUUACCAGCUCCUCCACCAGUAUGUCCACCACCUCCUCUUCCAGUAUGUCCACCACCUCCUCCUGCGCCAAUAUGUCCUCCUCCACCGGCGUGCCCACCACCUCCACCACCACCUCCACCACAAAUCAUAUGUGCACCCCCUCCUCCUCCACCCGUAUGUCCUCCUGUCCCAGUAUGUCCACCACCACCUCCGCCGCCAGCAUGCCCCCCACCACCUCCACCUCCACCAGCAUGUGUGCCAGUAGUUAAUGCACCGCCAACAGGACCCUACGCCGCACCACCGCUAGCAGUGCCAGUAGCGCCAGCAGUGCCAGUAGCGCCAGCAGUGGGAGGAGGCUAUGGUGCUCCAGCUCAGUAA